UUAGCAGACUGAGUGUGGAAGCAUCUAAAGAAAAGACGCAGAAGACUUUAUCCCUAUUUCACAUGAUUUUCCCAGCUUCAAAUAACAAAGAUGAAGGGAGCCAGGCUUUUUGUCCUGCUUUCUGUUUUAUGUAGUGUGGGCUUUGGGCUUAUCAACACUACAAAUACUUGGACUAUACCUGAGGAUGAAAACUACCAGAAGAACAUGACUUCUGUUUCUUUUGAUCCAGAAAAAAUGCAAAGUUUCCAGAUGGUGCCAACUACUCAGAUCAUGUCAGCUGAGGUAACAACAACACCUGAGACCAGAAUUUAUGAAGAGAGUCUUCUAAAAUCAACGCUGCCUUCAGGAACAGCAGAAUCUCCCAAGGGUCUGAGAAAGCAGACUGUCACACCCACAGAGAAGACAGAAGAAGAGAUGCUAACCUUGCAAGCUUUUGCCCUCCCAAGCAAACCUAGCAUCAAAUUCAGUCCUAAAGCAAAGCCAGUGGUCCUCUCUAACUCUACACUGAAAUUCCUUCAGAGUUUUGCUGGAAAGUCAAACCAACAAGUAAACUCUAUAAACUCUGUCGGAGGUGUGGGAAAUCUGUCUCCACGGGAAACACACCUCAGCAGAAGUGACAACAGUGGAAGCCGAAGGACCAGCUAUCAAAAAACAAGUUUUGAAACAACUAGGGGAAAGAAUUGGUGUGCUUAUGUACAUACCAGAUUAUCACCUACAGCGAUACUAGACAACCAAGAUACUUAUGUCCCAAGCGGGAGAGGACGCUGUGGCUGGACCAGAGGCUCCUGUGCUCAGAGAUUUCAGAAGAUAUCAACUCCUGUGUAUAGGAUGCAACACAAAAUUGUUACCUCAUUGGAAUGGAAGUGUUGCCCUGGAUUCAGUGGAGCACAAUGUCAAUUAAAAGCCCAGGAACAGCAUCACUUGAUACACAGCAACCAGGCAGAGAGUCAAGAUGCCGUUGGCAGAGGGACCCAGCAGCAGCAGCAAGACUGUGGUGACCCAGCAGUGACACAAAAAAUGACUGACCAGAUGAGCCACCAGGCAGUAAAACUAACUCUUCUGCAGAAGAAGAUUGACAAUAUUUCUUUGGCUGUGGAUGAUGUAAGGAACACGUACUCUUCCUUAGAAGAAAAAAUCAAUGAAGAUAAAGGCAGAGAAUUUCAAUCUUUUCUAAAAGGUCUAAAAUCCAAAAGCAUUAAUGAUUUGGUAAAGGAUGUAGUAGUGGAACAACUUAAACUUUUUCAAAAUGACAUGCAAGAGACAGUAGCACAACUCUUCAAGACUGUAUCACGUCUCUCCCAGGACCUUGAGAACACCAGACAAGUAAUCCAACAAGUUAAUGUAUCUGUGGUUUCAAUAGAAGUCCAGCAAAAGUCCACCUUAAUGCAAAAUAAUAGACCCACUUUGACUGAUAUAAUAGAUCUAAAAAAUCAAAUUAUGAAUCUAAGGCAAGAAGUGACUUUUACAUGUCAGAAACCUAUUAGGGAACUAGAAGAAAAGCAGACUCAUCUUUCAGAUGCUCUAGAACAGGAACACUCAAGAAACACUUUAUAUUAUGAGUCCCUCAACAGGACUCUUUCAAAAAUGAAGGAAGUACAUGAGAAGUUUUUAUCAACAGAACAAGUAUCAGAUCAGAGGAUUGUCCCAGCUGCUGAAUCAGAUAGCAAUAAUAUCACCGAGUACCUGUCUACUCUACAGGAGAAUGUCAAGAAGCAGGCUUUGAUGCUGCUGCAAGUAUUUGAUGAUUUACAUAUCCAAGACAACAAGAUUAGCAAUCUCACCAUUGCUUUGAAAGUGGAAAAAGAAUAUGUCAGGGGUGAAUGUGAAGACAUGUUAUCCAAAUGCAGAAAAGACUUUAAGUUUCAAAUUAAAGACACAGAGGAGAAUUUGCAAAUUUUAAACCAGACUUUGGCUGAGUUUCUUUUUCCAAUGGAUAAUAAGAUGGACAAAAUGAGUGAGCAACUUCAUGAUAUAACUUAUGAUAUGGAGAUACUUCAACCCUUGCUUGAGCAAGGAGCAUCAUUUAGAAACAUCUUGACUUCUGAACAAACAAAGGAAGCAGCAGCUACAAGGAAAAAGGUGGAAAAUCUAACUAGUGUUGUAAGUAAUCUAAAUUUUCUUAUCAAAGAACUUACAAAAAGACACAAUUUACUUAAAAAUGAAGUACAGAGUCGUGGUGACAUAUUAGACAGACGUAUCAAUGAAUAUGCCAUUGAAAUGGAAGAUGGCCUAAAUAACACAAUGACAAUUAUAAAUAAUGCCAUUGAUUUCAUUCAAGAUAACUACAUGCUAAAAGAGACAUUAAGCACAAUAAAGUAUAAUCCUAUGGUCCAUCAGAAAUGUACCCAAAAUAUGGAAACAAUUUUGACAUUUAUUUCUCAAUUCCAGCGUUUGAAUGAUUCUAUUCAAAUUUUGGUCAAUGACAAUCAGAGAUACAACUUUGUUUUGCAAGUUGCCAAGGCCCUUGCAGACAUUUCUAAAGAUGAGAAACUAAGUCAGUCCAACUUUCAGAAGAUUUAUCAAGCAUUCAAUGAAACCACUUCCCAAGUGCUACAACACCAAUUAAACAUGAGUUAUUUGGAGGAAAAACUACUUUCAGCCACAAAAAUUUCAAAAGAUUUUGAAACUCGGUUGCAAGACAUUGAAUCCAAAAUGACCAAGACAAUAAUACCUUAUUAUGUUUCACUGAAAAAAGGAAAUGUGGCUAUAAAUGAGAGAGAUCAGGCUCUUCAACUGCAAGUAUUAAAUUCCAGAUUUAAGGCACUAGAAGCAAAAUCCAUCCAUUUUUCAAUUACCUUCUCCUUGUUUAAUAAAACUCUCCAUGAAGCAUUAGCAAUAUGUCAUAAUGCUUCUACUAGAAUAGUAGACCUUAAUGCUACCAUACCUAAGUGGAUCAAAGGCAAUCUACCUGAUACUAGGCUUCUUCAGAAAGAUCUGACAGAAUUUGUAGAAUCCAUAAUGGAAAUAAAAACUCAAGCUGUCCUAUCUAAUUUAACUUCAUAUAUAAAUCAAUCAUUGUCUAGUAGUCCUGCAAAUGUCAAGCCUCAAAGACAAGUAAAACAAUUGCUGAAGAAACCUAGUUCUCCUAAAAAGCCAACAGUGAAUCUUACCACCAUCCAAAUAGGUCGGAGCCAAAGAAACACAGACAAUGUUAUAUUUCCUGUAAUGGAAGAAUAUUCGGGCUGUAGUGAGUCUCCAUGCCAAAAUGGGGGCACGUGUAUCAGUGGAAGAAGCAGCUUUAUCUGUGCUUGCCGACAUCCUUUCACUGGUGACAACUGUACUGUCAAGCUUCUGGAAGAAAAUGCUUUAGCUCCAGACUUCUCCAAAGGAUCUUACCGGUAUGCACCAAUGGUAGCAUUUUUUGCAUCUCACACCUAUGGAAUGACGACACCGGGUCCUAUCCUGUUUAACAAUUUAGAUGUCAAUUAUGGAGCUUCUUAUACUCCAAGAACUGGGAAAUUCAGGAUUCCAUAUCUUGGAGUUUAUGUUUUUAAGUACACCAUUGAGUCAUUUAGUGCUCAUAUCUCUGGAUUUUUAGUGGUUGAUGGUGUAGACAAGCUUGCAUUUGAGUCAGAAAAUAUUAACAGUGAAAUACACUGUGAUAGGGUUUUGACUGGGGAUGCUUUGUUGGAGUUAAAUUACGGACAAGAAGUGUGGCUGCGACUUGUAAAAGGAAAAAUUCCAGCCAAAUUUCCUCCUGCUACUACAUUUAGUGGUUACUUGUUAUACCGUACCUAAAUUAGUAUAAAAGCAGAUUAUCACCUUCACUGAGAAGUAACCAGGAUUUUUAUUUCUUUUCAUACACAUAUGCUUUCUUUGCUUUACAUGAGAUGAAAGCCAACUUCUAUUUUAAUCUGAAUAAGCCUGUAAAUUUAUUUCACAGACUUAAGAAUUAUUUGAAUAUCUGUUGGAUAAUCUGUAUAUAAAGGAGUUUUUGCUUCUUAAAAGAAGAAGUAGCACAGAAAGCAAAAUGUACGUGUUAACAUAACUCUCUAUUUUUGCUUGUUUUUCAUGUUGUCAUUUCCAUGUAAAGUAACACUAUCAAAUGAUGAUCACUCAUUCUUGUCAAUCUCAGUAAUUCCAAUAAAACACUUAACUUUUGUUAUACCCUGUGAAAACAUAAGAUUUUUCUCCACAAAUCCAAAUAAGCUAUUCUAAGACUGACAGGUCUUUUUACAACUUAUUUUUUACUCUUUACUGUAGAAUUGAACAAUUUUAUGUAUUAAACUUUUUAUUCAUAUCUGAAAUUAAGGAAGUUGAAUUUGAUAUUGAAACAUUUGUAAUUCUUAUUCCCUCCCUGUAGUUGCAGAAUAAAGAAAUUAUUGAUGAAUAUUUGAACGCUGAUAUCCAAGUCUUAGGAUAUAUAUAAGCUGAUCAUUUACCUGAGUCUGUGAUACAGUAUCUACAAGGGAAAAAUGGUACUUACUGAGUACCCUUUGAGUACCCUUCUAUAGCAGCCAUUCAGUCUGGCCCAUAUUAUAAAGGGUUUGUUUAAUAAUUUUUCAUGAUAUUUUGGUUGAUGUAAUGCACACUCUACUUGGUUCUCUUCUAAGCAACUUACUUAUAAUAUCACUUUGAUUCCUUAAAAAUGUUUUAUAAGGAGAAUAUUAUCAUGUUUUAUAGUUGAAGUAACUGAGACAGAGAUAUUAAUGAACAGUUAAGCUCCACACUGAUUAAAGACUGAAGCAGGGAGUUUGACAGGCUCCCUUGUACCCCUAUCUAUUCUUUCUCUGUGUUUUCUCCUACAUAUAUACCACAUUUGUCUAAUAAUCCCUUAUUAAAUGUCAUUUAGAUCCUUUCCAAUGUUUUAUUAUUACUGUAUUUUUAUAGUGAACAAUAUUUCAUAGUGAAAACUUAAACAUGGGU